AUAAAUUUGAUAUAUCUUUUUUUCAGAGAGAUCAUAUAUAUUGUUUUUCCACUUUUAUUGUGUAUGAAAGAAGCCGAUUUUGCUGCUCUUUAUUUGAAGAUAAAUUUGAUGCAAAUUAUAAUUUAUUUUUAAAUAAAAAUCAGUGCAAAUCAAUAAGAAAACAAGCUUAUUAAAAAAAACAUAAGAGGAACGACGAUCAUAGCGACAAAUAUAAAAAAAAGAAAUGGAAGCUAUACGCGUUGCUGAAGCUAACCAUCAAUCUGGCUUUGCACCACGCCGUCACUAUGAUACUGUUAAUGCAAUCAACUCUAAUGCCAUAGUUAGCAAUGUUGGUCCAAUUGUUGUGCCAAACGGUCAAGGACAACCGAUUGAAGGCAUUAUUGGAAUUAAUAAUAACAUCAAUAAGCCGAAGGUUGUUGCUUUUCCUUAUGGCAAGAAAAUGACUAAAAUAGCGACUACGGCCAGCAAAUUGUCCCUGGAGGAUUCAGUUAAAUUGACCGAUGUCAAUGGUUUUGCAAUGAAAACACCAGUCUCGCUGCUGCAAGAGAUUUUAAGCCGUCGAGGCAUAACACCUAACUAUGAAUUAGUACAAAUCGAGGGAGCUAUUCAUGAGCCGACAUUUCGAUAUCGCGUAUCGUUUAACGAUAAAGAUGUACCAUUUACAGCUAUGGGUGCUGGACGUUCUAAAAAAGAAGCCAAGCAUUCAGCUGCUCGGGGUUUAAUUGAUAAAUUGACCGGCGUACAAAUAGUUGACUCCCAAGCAAAUGUACUCAAUAAUAAUAUAAACAUCCAAGACGGUAUCGUAGAUCCUGGUGCCAAUAAUGCAGCUGGCAGUGGAGAUGGUGCAGAUAAAGUUGUUGGUAAUCCAAUUGGUUGGCUUCAGGAAAUGUGCAUGUCUCGCCGUUGGCCUCCACCAACAUAUGAGACUGAAACGGAGGUGGGAUUGCCACAUGAACGUCUUUUUACCAUUGCAUGCACUAUUUUAAAUUUUCGUGAAGUCGGCAAAGGCAAGAGUAAGAAAAUUGCCAAACGUAUGGCUGCUCAUAAGAUGUGGACACGUUUGCAGGAAACUCCACUCGACAACAGUCAGAUCCUUGAAACUAUACGAUCUGAAUUGGAUUCAGAUAAAAAUUAUUAUGGUGAUUUGAAAGAUAUCACUGUGCCCAUUUUAACCAGUCAACAUAGUAAUAAAGUCUCACAGUUCCAUAAAACACUUAAAAAUUCCACUGGCAAGAAACUUGUUAAACUCCAGAAAACUUGCUUGGUUAGUACUAAAAUCGACUACAUUAAACUGCUUGCAGAAAUAGCUCAGGAGAACCAAUUUGAAGUAACUUAUGUUGAUAUUGAAGAGAAAACUUUCUCUGGGCAAUAUCAAUGUUUGGUACAAAUAUCCACCUUACCGGUAGGCGUAUGCCAUGGUUCUGGGCCAACACCGGCUGACGCACAAAAGCAGGCAGCUCAAAACGCCUUAGAUUAUCUUAAGAUAAUGACCAAAAAGUGAAAUUGCUUGAGACCAAGUUGAAAAAUUAUUCUUGAUUUUGCAUAUAUACGAUAAGAAAGAAUGUAUUAGGAGCAGAUAGAUGUCUUUUUCCAAGUAAAAAAGAAAAACAAACUAGCUAAACAAAUGUAAUCACAAUGGAAUCAUGAAUCCUUGAACAUACCUGAAGGUGAUUUUCUAUUACUUAAAUAACUUUUUUUCUUUGUCAUUAUUCCUCUUUUUUUUUUUUUUUUUUUUUUCCUUUUAAAUUCAAAAAUAGAGUGUCCACUCGAAGUGGACACAUUGAUUUGCUUUUGUAACAAUGCAUUAAAUCGAGUUCAGUUUUUGCAAUAUUCCUACAAAUGUGUGUGUAAACAAUAACAAAAAUUUCUAGUUUUUUAAACACUACCAACCCCGCCGCAUUAUAUUUAUAAAGGAAGAAAUUUUGUUUUAUAAAAAAAAAAUAUAUAUAUUUCAAAAGAAAAUUUUUUCUUUUGUUAUUUGCUUUGAUUGGUCUAUGAAGAUAUGUGGACAUGUAUUUUUAUAAACAUUAUAUAUAUAUAUAUUUGUUUUUUUUUUUUAGAGAUAUAUAUUUUAAAAGGAAAAACUUAUUUAUUUUAUAAGCAAAUUAUUUAACUAAAUGCAUAAAUAACUAGUAAAUAAAAUGGGCAAUUUACACAUCCACAUAAACACACACACAUCCAAAAGGGUGGACAUCCAUCGGAAUUAUGAAUAUUAGACAUUUUUCUGCCUUCAUUCAUAUUCAUUGAAAAAUUCGACAGCACCAGGCACGCUUACCAUUUAGUUAUUUAUGUAAUUAGUUUAAACGAAAAUUUGGAAUUAAUUUUUCGAAACUGAAUUUCUCAAAUAAUGCCUAAAAAGGGAAAUGGGGAGGAAAUGUUUUGUAAUCACACACAAUACUUAAUUUGGGAUAAAAAUAUGUUUUAUUUCUUUUGUUUUUUUUUUUAUUGUUUUUUUUUAACAUAAUUUUGAACACCUUGGAAGAAGGAAAAAGCGUAAAGAAACUAAAUAGAUAAUGCAAAUUAAUUAAAUUGUUUAAAACCUAUAGUUGCUGCAAACUAUAUGGGAUUUAAAUAUUACAAGCUAUACUUUGCAUAGAUCUAAUGAUAAAUUUUCCAAAAAGAGAUUAAUAUGAGAAAUCUAACAGAUGAAAAAAAGAAUUGAAAAAUUCAAAAUCAAUUAAUUUCGAAUCAAUAUUUUUUAAAAUUUCUUUAAAUCUUUU